UGCCGAGUGCUGACUCGGACUGCGUCGGGCGGCGGCGGCCGCACGCUGUCCCGUUCCGCCCACCAACCCCCGCACCCGCAUCAACCAGCGGGAUCAUUUCCGGCCCGGAAACCAACGGCCGAUCCAAUCGCCAUACGAAUGCGCGAUCGUUUAAUAGUGGAGACCCCACCGCCGCGACCUACCCCUGUUUCCCUCCAUUCCCCUUCCCCCAAUCCGCGUCUCGAGGUUCGGACCGGCGACGCGGCGAGGCGGAGAGGGCCGCUGCGCCGAGUGGAGCGCCGCCACCAGCACCCAUGGAGUCGCUCGCUCUCCUCCACGCCAAGCCCGCCCUUCCUCCCCGCGCCGGCCUGCGCCUCCCGCUCCCGCGCCUGCGCGCCUCCCUCUCCCCUGCCGCCAAGCCCGCGCUCCAAUCUCCGCUCCUCGCGUCGAGAGGCCCCCUCCUCCCGCGACACGAUGUGGUUCUGGGCCACGGGUUCCUGAAGCGGAGGGCCAGCGCUGGCGGUGGCGUGUCUUGCGGCGCGCAGGCGGCGGCGGGGGCGGUGCCGGCGGCGCAGCCGGAGGAGGGUGGCAGGAAGUUUCUCGGCGUAGACGUGAAGACGCUCAAGAAGAUCGUGCCUCUGGGGCUGAUGUUCUUCUGCAUCCUCUUCAACUACACGAUCCUGCGGGACACGAAGGACGUGCUGGUGGUCACCGCUAAGGGGAGCAGCGCCGAGAUCAUCCCCUUCCUCAAGACCUGGGUCAACCUGCCCAUGGCCAUCGGCUUCAUGCUGCUCUACACAAAGCUCUCCAACGUGCUCUCACGGGAGGCGCUCUUUUACACCGUCAUCUUCCCCUUCAUCGCCUUCUUCGGCGCCUUCGCCUUCGUGCUCUACCCGCUCAGGAAUAUCAUCCAUCCUACCGCGCUCGCCGACAAGCUUCUUGCCGCGCUCGGGCCGAGCUUUCUCGGCCCGGUGGCCAUAUUAAGGAUUUGGAGCUUUUGCUUGUUCUAUGUCAUGGCCGAGCUGUGGGGCAGCGUCGUCAUCUCGGUCCUAUUCUGGGGAUUCGCCAACCAGAUUACCACAGUUGAUGAAGCAAAAGAAUUCUACCCUUUAUUUGGCCUUGGGGCUAAUAUUGCCCUUAUCUUUUCUGGGCGUACUGUGAAGUAUUUCUCAAAUUUGCGCAAGACAUUGGGUCCAGGAAUUGAUGGUUGGGAGGUAUCUUUGAAAGGAAUGAUGAGCAUAGUGGUACUUCUUGGACUUGUCAUAACUGCCAUCUAUUGGGGAGUGAACAAGGUUGUUUUGAAUGAUCCUUCACUUCCAAAGUCUGAUCGCAAGAAAAAGGACAAGCCUAAGCUUGGCAUGAAAGAGAGUUUGAAGGUCCUGCUCUCCUCGAGAUAUGUGAGGGACCUAGCUACCUUAGUUGUUGCUUAUGGCAUUAGUAUCAAUCUUGUGGAAGUCACAUGGAAAUCAAAGCUCAAGGCACAGUUUCCCAGUCCGAACGAAUAUUCAUCUUUCAUGGGUGAUUUCUCGACCGCAACUGGGAUUGCAACCUUCACAAUGAUGCUGUUAGGCCGAAUUAUAUUCCGGAAAUUUGGCUGGGGGGUGGCUGCGAUGAUCACUCCCACAGUUCUGUUGCUGACUGGUGUUGCUUUCUUCUCUCUGAUUUUGUUUGGACAUCCACUGACUCCUAUGCUUGCCACAAUGGGUAUGACUCCCCUUCUGGCAGCCGUUUAUGUGGGUGCCAUGCAGAACAUAUUUAGCAAGAGUGCAAAGUACAGUUUAUUUGAUCCAUGCAAGGAAAUGGCAUAUAUUCCUUUGGAUGAAGAUAUGAAGGUGAAAGGAAAGGCAGCCAUUGAUGUUGUAUGCAACCCAUUGGGAAAGUCCGGUGGUGCACUGAUCCAACAAUUCAUGAUCCUGACGUUCGGUUCUUUGGCAAACUCAACUCCAUACCUUGGCGGCAUACUGUUGGUCAUUGUACUCGCGUGGCUAGGUGCGGCAAGUUCACUGGACAAGCAAUUCACUAGCUUGGCCAAGGAAGAUAUCAAGAAGGAGAAGGCUUCCAAAGAGAAAGUAGACCCCUUGCUUCUCAAGGAGGCGCCUGUGGAGGGCACUGAUGGACUGGUGGAGCAAACAAAUGGAUCUCUAACGAGUGAAACAACAGGAACCAAGAGCUCGACAUCGAACUCAUCUCCAAUUCAUUAGCCUCGUUAUUAGAAGCUGUAGGUAGGAGAGUGAUUACAGCGAGCAGAAAUAAUGGAAAUCAAGCGAUCCAUGGCUUUGAAGUUUGUAACAGCGAGCAGCUUCAAGCUGCAAGUAAGUUUUAUUUGUAACGUGAGCGAAUUUUGACAACCGGCAGUGAAUGCCGUUCUGGAGAUGCCCCCCCCCCCCCCGGUUGUGCCAAUGUCAAAUGCACAAAUUUCUUGUGCGUUGCGAAACUUGCAUUUCCGUGCUUGCAUGUGUUUUGAAUUGAAUCGUGUCAUGGUGAAGAAA